CGACGCUCGAAGCCCGCCCCUUACGAGGAAACCCCUCCGCUCGCUGUCUCCGAAGCCCCGUCCUGUACUGGUGUCCGUGCCCCUCCCCUCGCCGGCCCCGAAGCCCCGCCCCUCGAAGUUCCUCCCACUCACUCUCCUCACAGGUCUCAGCCCCGCCCAUCACAGCUCCCUACGGCACGCCCCUCUCAGGCCUCACAGCCGUGCACCUCUCAGGGCUCCGCAGCCCCGCUCCACAGGCCCUCCCGGCUCCGCCCCUUUCAGAACCUCGCCGCCCAUCAGUUUUGUUUGUUUGUUUGUUUGUUUUUUGAGACGGAGUCUCGCUCUGUCGCCCAGGCAGGAGUACAGUGGCGGGAUCUCGGCUCACUGCAACCUCCGCCUCCCGGGUUCAAGCGAUUCUCCUGCCCCAGCCUCCCGAGUGAGUAGCUGGGAUUACAGGCACGAGCCGCCAUGUCCGGCUAAUUUUUUGUACUUUUAGUAGAGACGGGGUUUCACCAUGUUGGCCAGGUUGGUCUCGAGCUCGUGACCUCAAGUGAUGCGCCCGCCUCGGCCUCCCAAAAUGCUGGGAUUGCAGGCGUGAGCCACCGCGCCUGGCCUUGCCCAUCAGUUCUCAGUCCGUGGGAACCCUGCAGGUCUACGCCUCGCAUCCUUCUCCGCCCCUCCUCCCAUAGUUUCUCCCGCGGCCUCGGUCCCUCCCUGGCCGCUGUCCUCAGUCGUCAUUGGUCCCUUAUCUCCCCAGUAACCAGACCACAACACUGAACUUGGAGCACCAAGAACAGGAGCCCCACCCUGUUUGGCCAGGAUGCCUUUGGGACGCUUGGCAGGGAGCGCCCGCUCCGAGGAGGGAAGCGAGGCCUUUCUGGAGGGAAUGGUGGAUUGGGAGCUGAGUAGGCUGCAGCGACAAUGCAAAGUGAUGGAAGGGGAGAGGCGGGCCUACAGCAAGGAAGUCCACCAGCGCAUCAACAAGCAACUUGAGGAGAUCCGGCGCUUGGAGGAGGUACGGGGUGAUCUCCAGGUGCAGAUCAGUGCAGCCCAGAACCAGGUCAAGCGGCUUCGGCACAGUGAGCGGCUGGAGAACAUGGACCGCCUGCUGAAGGGCCGGGCCCAGGUGCAGGUGGAGAUCGAGGAGCUGCAGGAGCAGACCAGGGCCCUGGACAAGCAGAUCCAGGAGUGGGAGACGCGGAUCUUUACCCACAGUAAGAAUGUCAGGUCCCCGGGAUUCAUCCUGGAUCAGAAGGUCAAGAUCGGGCGAAGGAUCAGGAUCCUAGAAAACCAGUUGGACAGGGUCACCUGUCACUUUGACAACCAGCUGGUGCGGAAUGCGGCCCUGCGGGAGGAGCUGGAUCUGCUGCGGGUCGACAGGAACCGCUAUCUGAACGUGGACCGCAAGCUGAAGAAGGAGAUCCACCACCUGCAGCACCUGGUCAGCACCCUUAUCCUCUCCUCCACCUCUGCCUACGCCGUCAGGGAGGAGGCGAAGGCCAAGAUGGGCUUGCUGCGGGAGUGCGCGGAGAAGGAGGAGGCCCAGAGCGAGAUGGAGGCGCAGGUCCUGCAGCGGCAGAUCUCGCACCUGGAGCAGCUGCACCACUUCCUCAAGCUCAAGAACAACGACCGGCAGCCAGAUCCCGAUGUCCUGGAGAAGCGUGAAAAGCAGGCCGGGGAGGUGGCCGAGGGCGUCUGGAAGACCUCCCAGGAGAGGCUGGUGCUUUGCUACGAGGACGCCCUGAAUAAACUGUCCCAGCUGAUGGGGGAGAGUGACCCUGACCUGUUGGUGCAGAAGUAUCUGGAGAAGUCACUCUCCACAUCCUUCCCUCAACCCUGUCCCUCUCUGUUUCUCUCCUUACCCAUAUCUACCGUUCUCCCCGCCUGCAUCUCCCCAUCUCCCUUGCUAUUGCUGAGUCUCUGGCUUUCCCUCUCUGCCUUGCUGUGUAUUUCUGUGUCCCGCCUGCCGUAUCUUCCCACGCCUCUUUGUCUCUGUGACUCCUCUCUGUUCAUCUCUCUGCCUUGGUUUCUGUGUGGCCUUCCUCAUCUUCACUUUCUUUGGCCUUCUGUGCGCCUCUCUGUCUCUGUUCUCUCUGUCUCUGUUUCUCUGUCUCCCUCUCUCUGGGCCCCGCCUUGCCCAACUCUCCCAGUCGAGGAGCGCAACUUUGCUGAGUUCAACUUCAUCAACGAGCAGAACUUGGAGCUGGAGCAUGUGCAGGAAGAGAUCAAGGAGAUGCAGGAGGCUUUGGUGAGCGCACGUGCCAGCAAGGAUGACCAGCAUUUGCUGCAGGAGCAGCAGCAGAAGGCGUUGCAGCAGCGUGUGGACAAGGUGCACUCGGAGGCUGAGCGCCUUGAGGCCCGCUUCCAGGAUGUGCGGGGACAGCUGGAGAAGCUCAAGGCUGAUAUCCAGCUCCUCUUCACCAAGGCCCAUUGCGACAGCAGCAUGAUCGAUGACCUCCUUGGGGUCAAGACCAGCAUGGGAGACCGGGACAUGGGCCUCUUCCUGAGCCUCAUUGAGAAGCGGCUGGUGGAGCUCCUGACAGUGCAGGCCUUCCUACAUGCCCAGAGCUUCACCUCCCUGGCCGACGCUGCCCUCCUAGUGCUGGGCCAGAGCCUGGAGGACCUUCCGAAGAAGAUGGCCCCACUUCAGCCCCCUGACACUCUAGAAGACCCCCCGGGUUUUGAGGCCAGCGAUGACUACCCCAUGAGCAGGGAGGAGCUGCUGAGCCAAGUGGAGAAGCUGGUGGAGCUCCAGGAGCAGGCGGAGGCGCAGCGCCAGAAGGACCUGGCCGACACCGCCGCGAAGCUGGACGGCACCCUGAGCGCGGACCUGGCCAGCACCCAGAGGGCCGGCUCCAGUACCGUCCUGGUGCCCACCAGGCACCCCCAUGCCAUCCCUGGGUCCAUCUUGAGCCACAAGACUAGCAGAAACCGUGGCUCUCUUGGCCGCGUCACUUUUGGCGGCCUCAGCUCCAGCACUGGGCAUUUGCCCAGCCACGUCACGCACGGUGACCCCAACACUGGCCACGUGACCUUCGGCUCCACCAGUGCCUCGAGUGGGGGCCACGUGACCUUCAGACCCGUCAGCGCCAGCAGCUACCUGGGCUCCACUGGAUACGUGGGGUCCAGCAGGGGCAGAGAAAACACAGAGGGUGGUGUGGAGAGCGGAGGCACAGCGUCCGAUUCGAGCGGAGGCCUUGGGUCCAGCAGAGACCACGUCUCCAGCACCGGCCCUGCCUCCAGCACUGGCCCGGGCUCCUCCACCAGCAAAGACUCCCGGGGCUAACACGAGGGGCACGCAGCCCCCACCCUGCCCUGGCUCUCUGUGGGGUCUUUUUUUGUGUCUCUACUUCCCCUGUUUGCCUUGUGGGUCUCUGUCUUUUUCUCCCAGUCGCAGGCCUCUGUCUUUUUGCCCCUUCAACUGUUUUCAUCUGCCCUUCAUCACCACCUCACCUAUGUCUCCCGGUUCCUUUCUCUCUGCUCCUGACCCUGCUUUUCCCUCUGCCUCCUGAUCUCCUGUUCUCUGGGCUUCCUGGUCAGUGUCUGUCCGUCUUGUCUCCAUAUCUGCCCCUUCCCUGUCUGCUGAGCCCUGGCCCCCUGUGGAUCCCCCACCUCCUGUUUCUGGCUCACUCUCCUCAUCUCCAUCUCCCAGGCUCUCCAUGCAUCCUGUGUCCCUGUCUCUGUAGCUCCUCACUCCCCAAGAGCCCUCCAGUGCUGACAGGUGUGGGAAAAGUCAGGGCGAAGACGCCAGGUUCAGCAUGGGAAAAUGGGACUGUGGAAAUAAAGUGUAUGUGUGGAGAGCCGGCUUCA